AUGGCCAAAGGCGCACGCGCAAGCAGCAAAAAGGCGAACCGCACCAAGCUGCGCGCCCGAGUUUUCGGCCCCGUCGAGCAGGCACGCGCCGAGCGCCUGCACGCCAAACUUCUCGAGACGAUUGCCCAGCCCAAGCCCGAGAGGACUGAGAUGGAAACCGAAGAAACCAACACCACCGACGAUGCCGCCAAGGAGGACUUGCCCAAAGAUAUGGACGUCGACGCCACUGCCACCUCUGCGAAGAGCUCGAGCUCGCGCAAAACCAAGGACAAGAGCCAGACCCGGAAACAACUGCGACGCAAGCCCCAGAACAAGGUCUCCUUCCCUACCUCGCGAGGCAAGGGCGCACUGAAGCCCAACGGUGGACGUCCCAGCGGCCCCGGCCGUAUCGGCAAACGACGAGCAUGA